AUGUUAAUUAAGUUGGCAAGUGAGGUAGGGUUUGAUGGAAUAGACUGGGAUGAUGUUCAAGAAUUACUGGAAGAGCUUACAAAUAUGGAUCUGUCAGAGCCUGAGCAACAAAGAUCACAAGAAGAAGGAGCCACUGGCAUAAUGCCACCACCACCAAAACAGCUCACUGCAAAAAGGCUUUUGGAGCCUAAGAUAAUGUGGCUGUCCUUUGGGCUAUUCAGGAUACUAUGGUGUCUGGCUCCACAAACAGGCUACAUACACCCUGAUGAAUUCUUUCAGUCUCCAGAGGUUAUGGCAGGCGACAUUUUGAACUUGAAAAUCUUCCACCCUUGGGAAUUUAAUACUUGUUACCCCAGCAGAUCAAUUCUUUUCCUGUUGGUCACAACAGGCUUUUCAUUCACAAUACUUAAAAAUUUACAAAAUUCUGGCCUUUUUGGCAACAUCCUAAACAGCUAUACUUUGUUGGUUUUCCCCAGAUUUUACCUGACGUGCCUGUCCUUUAUAUUGGACUACUCUGUAUACCAUUUAGCCUGUCUCUGGGAUGCAGACCCAUGGAAUGCUCUAACACUGUUGAGUAUGUCACAUGUGAUGUUGGUCUUUCACACCAGAACAUUUUCAAAUUCUAUAGAAGCAGCUCUGUUUGCAUUGCUGCUGUUGUUAGUGGCUCUGGAAACAAAGCAAGCAAAUGUGGCAUCAGAUGCUGGAAAAAAGAACAGAAGGAAGAAUAAAUAUCUUAUUGGGGUUGUUUUAGUAUCAGGUUUUUUUAAUAGGCCCACAUUCAUUGUUUACGCUUUAGUGCCAAUGUUCCUGUGGCUUUCUCAUGAUCAGAAAGGCACAUUUCGGUUCAGUUUCAGAACAAUUUUGAGUAAUACUUUUGGUACUUUUUCAUCUGUAAUUGUAACCACUUUUACUUUCAUUUUGAUAGAUACAUUUUAUUUUGAUAUAAUGUUUUCUGACAUGCACUGUAUUUUGAAAACUGGAAAUACUGUACAUAAACAUAUUGCUAAUCUAAGACAACAUAUAGCUUUAACUCCUCUCAAUUUCAUUGUGUACAACUUGAAAUCAGAAAACCUUUCUACACAUGGGAGUCAUCCCUGGUUUACACAUUUGACUGUGAAUGGUCUUAUACUGUUUGGUACUCUUCAUUUGUCAGCUGUUGUUUCUGGUAUCCAAGUCAUAAUCAGCAAAUUUACCUGUAGUGCUGGAAGUCCAAAGAGACAGCAAUUUGAACAGAGAUUAUUGAAGGCAUUUCCUAUUACACUAUCAAUUACUGAAUAUUUAAUUUUGCUUUAUUUUGUACCUAUGAUCAUUCUUUCUUUUUUUUGUCAUCAGGAAGGACGGUUUCUUAGUCCACUUAUUGUACCAGUUGUUCUUCACUGUGCUUUAAAACAUAAGGUAUUGGGCUGGAAAACUGUAAUUGUUGUAUUUAACAUUUUGUGUUCAGUACUUUUUGGCUGUCUACACCAGGGUGGCCUGAUUCCUUGUAUUUUCUAUUUAGAAAAACUUCUCCAUUUAAAGGAUUCUGUAGUUAAUCAGGAGGAAUACAUUUUGAUAUUUUAUCAUACUUACAUGCCUCCAAGACAUCUCCUGAAUGUCAAAUCAGAUCAAGAAUUUGUCAGAAUCAUUGAUCUAGGAGGGUCUGAUGUUUCUGUGUUCAACAGCACAGUGAAUAGAUUACUUGACAAUUUUUCUUCUAUUGAGAACAACCAAACAAAUAUUUACAUCAUUGCACCUAGUACUGUUGAAUAUACUUUUAAUUAUUGCAACUUUCAGUGGAAACCUAUUGCAUCCUUCUUCCCCCAUUUGUCUAUGGAAGAUCCUCCUAAUAUUUCUAAAGUUAUUUCUAAGGAUAUAUUGAGCCAGCUGAGUCUUAAUAUUUUCAAGGUGCAGACAAAGGGAAAGAAUUCUAAAACUUAAGGAAGUCAGCUUUAUUUUUGAUGUUUUCAUACUGUUUGCUAUUACGAUGUAUUUGUGAGUGUUCUUUUUUUUGCAGAUGUGUUAGAAUUGCAGAUGUGUUAGAAUCGCAGAUGCUGGAAGUCUGAAAUAAAGAUAAAAUGCUAGAAAUACUCAGUAGAUCAGGUGGCAUCUGUAGAAAGAGAAAAAGAGUUAAUAUUUAAAAAUUUUCAAACUGCUCGAUCAGGAUUUCAA